ACCACUAGCUUUGGUAAGGUUGGAUUGGUCGUUGUCUCUGGUUGCAAGCAGUCGCUGCGUAAUUGUCCGUGGGUGGUCGACUUCUGGAUGAGCUACACACGAGCACUGGAGCGUGUCCAGACUAAUCACGAGGAAAUUGUUGAGAUGUCCCAGUGUAUGAAAACGUUUUCGUUUCUGUUUCCUGCACGCUGUGUUUGAGAAGGGCUUGAAGGGCAACCUCUCUGUGGCUGCAGACUAUCUCAAGUUGUGGACUGCAUACUGUGACUACCUCCGGAGACAAGUGCACACGCCCCUCUCACCUUUGACCCCUGGGGAGGGGGUGGAGGGCAUGGAGACGGCCAGUCCUAAUUUGGUGGAGUUACGGAAGACAUUUAAAAGAGCUCGAGACAGUCUUGAAGCAUUAUAUGGUAAGGAUGGUGACCCUACAGACUCUCUCUCUCGUUACCAGGCCAGCCUGGAGGCUCGUUGCUAUGACAAUAUGGAGACGGCACGGGCGCUCUGGGUGGAAGUGAUGAGUAGAUACGGGAAGCAGGCACAAUACUGGAUAGAGUACGCUAGCAUUGAGAGGUCCCAUGGCGACACUGCCAGCUGUCGUAAGGUGCUACAACGGGCGUCUAACUCUGCCAGUGAUGACCCGGAGAUGGUGUGUGAGGCACUGCUACAGUUUGAGAGGGAAUCUGGCGACCUCGAGUCAUUUGAGGGGGCAUUGGUGAGGUGUGAGGCACAGCUGGACCGUGUACGAGCGAGAAGGGAAAAGGCUGCUGAAAAAGAUGCUUUCAAAAAGGAUGAUCUAAAGAAGCACAGAAAGAUGGACAUAGGAAAGGGCAGAGUCAGCAGCAGAGAUAAGGGUCAAAGUUUAGGCCGUAAGAGACCACCUCCUGGUAGAGAAAUGUCAGAUGAUCAACAACCGGCGGUUAAGAAACAGAAAUUUGUAGCUGAGACUGGCAUUGUACAGUUGCCCAGUAAGAAGGUUCCAACAGUGGAGGCAGCAAAGGUUGAGACAGAGGGUCCGAAGGAGGCCAGGACUGUGUUUGUGAGUAACCUGAGCUUCAAGGCCACUGAGGAUGAACUCAGGGAGAUCUUCACACCAUGUGGACUAAUCGCUGAGAUUCGGCUCAUCAGAACGCGCCAGUCUAACAAGGGCAAUGUCUACGCCUACGUAGAGUUCGCGACCCCUGACCCCGUAGCCAGUGCACUGGGGCUUGACAAGACGGAGAUUGAGGGACGUCCGAUGUACGUCUCACAGUUCAAGGAGAAGGGAAGACCUGUGUCUAGUCUGGGGGACAAGACACCUCAGCGCUCUGACUCUAAAGCCACAGUGUUUGUGUCUCACAUUGCCCACCACAUCACUGACCAGGAGUUAAGGGAGCACUUCCAACAGUGUGGAGAGAUCAAAGAGGUUCGGCUGAUCAAGAACAGAGAGGGGAGGUCGAAAGGUUUUGCUUAUAUUGAGUUCACAGAUGAGUCCUCGGCAAAUGUGGCUGUGGCUCGACUUAACAACAGUGAUGAGCUGGGAAUGAAGAGGAUGAGCGUGGCCAUUUCCAACCCUCCCAAGGGGGGGUCAAAGGGCACUUUCGGGGGACCUGAACCUGAGACUGGGUUUAAGCGUCCGACCUUUGCACCCAGAGAUAUGCAAGACAACAACCCAAUAGUGACAAGUCGGCGUAAGACCAACAUCCCUCUACUACCAAGAGCCCUGGCCAAGAGAGCAGUCAGUGGAGACAAGAACACUACUAGUAGUACUAGUGGUGAGGGGAACAAACUAUCCAAUGACGAUUUUAGAAAAUUACUAGCCAAGAAAUGAACCAACUCUUUAUACAUUAAUAGCUGUUGUGCAUGUACUUACAAUUUCCUAUACUGUUGUCUCUGCUGUCUUGCUGCUGUUGUGUUAGCCUAACCUUUUAA